UCACGCUCCAAUGUCCGCCGCGAUAUCCUGCACGAGGGCCGCGGCCCCACGCCUUGCCAUCCGCACACUACGAUGCCAGCGCUACGCCAGCACGCAGGCUGCCAAUGCCAUUUUAGAGAACCGCGAAAUGAUCAUCGAGACAGCGCCUGUCGCCCAAGUCACGACACCGACACGCGCUCUCAAGGCCCAUAAGAAUGUCAGGGCGCCGACACUGGCUGAGCGCAUGCACAAGGCGCUGUAUCCGGAUCUCUAUGCCAAUGGCCAGCCCCUGGCCUGGCAGCUGCCGAGGGAGCGCAAGGCGAGCGAGAAUAAGAAGCCUAGAAACAAGACCCACGGCUUCAACAUCGUCGCGCCAGCCACAGCAAUCAAGAAAACCUGCCCAAUCCCCAUCGCCACAAUCACCGCAAACUCGCUGAAGCAGCUCGAUCCCACAGGCGCCCGCACCCGCCUCUUCGACAAACUCAAUCCCGAAGCCGCCAAGCUCGGCGACAUCCUGCUCGUGCGCCAGCGCACCGGCGACCCCUUCGCAGGUGUAUGCAUUAACAUCCGCCGGCGGGGCGUCGACACGGCGAUCCUACUGCGCGGCCAACUGACGCGCGUGGGCGUCGAGAUGUGGUACAAGGUCUACUCGCCGCUCGUCGAGGGGAUUGAGGUUGUGCAGCGCGCUGCGAAGAGGGCAAGGCGCGCGCGACUGACGUAUAUGCGCGACGUCAAGCACGACAGGGGGAGUGUGGAGAAUGUUGUCCGUUUGUAUUUGAGGCAGAAGGCGAGUUUGGGCGCCAGCGAGGGGAAGAAGAAGGGUGUGGAGAAGCAGAAGGCCAUGCAGGGUGGGAAGAAGAAGGGCGGGAAGAAGGUCAACAAUCGCAGGUAGACGACACGUCGAUCUUUGGUGUAUCAGACUGGGGCCUGGGUGGCCGAGGUUCUUGAAGGCCUGGAGGGAGACUGUACCAUAUGUACCACAUUGUACGAACUGCGUAUUGGACUUUACACGCACGUGGAUUAUCUACCUGAAGCGCUGACUGAACAGCAAGCGUCUCAUGGAAUCUCGCUGACCAACGCCGAAUAUCUAUGCUCUCCCUAGCAAUCUCAAUGACCGCAACUCUGCUGGGCUGAUUGAGCCACUUGCCAUCCAUUACCAGGACAUCAUCAAUUCCGCUGUUUCCCUGUCUUCAACUACUGCGCACUCCUCCUCUUCUCUCCCUGCCCUACCUCGAGCCUGUACCCCUCAGCGCCCUUCUCAGUCUUCAAGUCCUUCGCAUCGACCUUCUUCGCGCCAAUCUCCGGGAACGUAAAUGCCUCGCUGCUCCC